AUGAUUACUUUUCUCAUCUUCUUCUCCAAAACAUUUACCGAGGAGAAUGCACCAGAAAUACGAAAGUGCUAUAAGGAAUACUUAAAACUGUCAGCUUCUAACGAAAUCUCUCUAGACUUUGAAGCUGUCAAGGAAGUGAUUGGAUCUAAAGAUUUUUUAUGUUUAUACAAGGAGCUUAUUAAUCGAAAUGCUCCGCCGGAUCCAGUCGAAUCUUGGAAAAUCUAUCAAGAAGUUUUCAUUCGGUUACGCUCCCUUCCAGAUAUCUGGGUAUGGGAUAUUCUUCAUGAGUUUUCGUAUAAUUAUCAAAAUUUCUCUUCACUUCCCGCUCAACAUAAUUGGAAGAAAGAAACAGUUUUCAAAAUAUUUGAGCCAUUCUACUCAGAUUUGUCUAAAUUUGGAUAUUUCGCAUACAUUGGUCUUCUUAAGAUGCUAAUUUUCGAAGAAGACCAUCAAGAGAUUUCCAGAGUUCUGACUGAAGGUUUUCAGCGGUUUCAAAUUAAAGAACUGGAUCCAGAGGUGUUCAUCAAAUCCACGUACGAGCUGGGUUUUGCAUACUUGGUUGCUGGAAAAUGUACUGAAGCAUCGAACUGUUUUUUAGAUGUGUUGAGUUGUUUGAAACAGUUUUCAAAGGAAGAUAUAGAGGAUGAAAAGAUCCUUGCAACAUACACUCAACACUGUCAAAAAUGUCUUUCAUUUUGCUUGGUCAAUAACUCAAAAUUGAAAAAGACGUUUCCCAAAACUACAGUAUCUUCUAUUGAAAGCGAUCAUCUUACAGUCAUGGAUGAGUGGAAAGAUGGAAAAAUUGAAGCCUUUUGGAGUUUCUUUUCGGAAUGCUCGCCGUAUAGCACAACACGAUCUUCCACCAACUUAAUUGAACCUAAUUGUAAGGCUCACAACUUGAAAUGCGUGAAAUUCUGUCUUCAACGAGUAACCAUAUGGAAGCCAUUGAGAAAUCUUAAGGGGCUUUUGAAAGUUUGUGAAGUUCUGGAAUUAGGAGAAGUACCAAAAUCAAUAUUGCCUGUUCCUACUGAAUCCGACAUCAAAUUUUUCUGCGACAACAAUAAUGGAUUGCUGCGUCUUGUCAACUCGAAAUCUUCCGGAAUCGAGAAAGUACUCCAAGAAUUCAAGAAUAUUCACCAAAAAGAAACCCUCACUCUUCUCAUAAUGCAAUAUCACAAAAUUCUACGCAAACAGAGACACGAAGAGAGGAUUUUAGCGUUUGGAAGGAAAUUCGUAAACGUGCUGAAAGUUAUUGGAUAUUCUGGAAGGAUUAAUGUAGAAGAUGCAAUGAGUUAUAUCAGAGAAGUUUCAAAAAUUUCAAUGGAAGCAGCAAACAAACUUGUCGAGGAUCAGUGA